AUGACCGUCAAACAACGGGUUCACCAAGGCAAACUUGCCAUUAUUACUGGCUCCGCCCGUGGCAUUGGAGCAUACAUCGCUCGUGGCCUUGCUGAGCGAGGGGCAAACAUCCUCAUCAAUUACGCCACCGUGUCUUCGGAUGGCAGCGCUACAGCACUGAGCAAGGAGCUUGAAGAGAAGUACUCUGUCAAGGCUGUGCCAUGUCGAGCCGACAUCAGCAAGAUCGACGACUGCCAUCGGAUCGUGUCCGUCUGCAAAGAAAGCUUUGGCGGCGAUAAGCUGGUCGUCGACAUUCUCAUUCACAAUGCUGCCGUUCUCUAUCUCGGACCCGUUGAGUCGGUCAUUCAAGAAGAAUUCGACCACAUUUAUCGCGUCAAUGUUCUUGGCCCAGCCUUGCUUACAGGUGUUUGCAAGCCUUACCUACCAACCGACCGGUCUGGACGUAUUGUCAUGAUGUCGAGUGUCAAUCCAAAGCUUGGCACACCUGGCACCACACUCUAUGCAGGUACUAAAGCAGCCAUUGAGACAAUGGCCAGGGUCUGGUGUCGCGAGCUCGCAGAGAACUGCACAGUCAAUACCAUCAACCCUGGUCCCGUAAUGACCGACAUGUACAUGACGGCUGGUGACAAGAUCAAGGAGGAUUUGGGUCUUUGGAAUCCUGUUACCCCUCUUGUUGCAGUCCGUGAAUCAGAUAGUCCCGAAGUCCAGGAACUCGGAAAGAGGUUUGGUGGCCGAGCUGCGUAUCCGGAGGAGAUUGCCAACUUGGUUAGUAUGAUCUGCAGUCCUGAGUCGAGCUGGAUGACUGGGAAUCUGGUGAGCGCAAAUGGUGGACAGUCAUUUAGUUACUAG